AAUAAUAAGUAGACCUACAACUACUGCUAGUGGUACAACUCCUUCACCAUCAGCUGUAACACCAUCAACACCAACUGUAACACCGUUAACACCAUUAACACCAACUAUUCAAACAGAAUAUGUUCCUAUACCACAAUCGGAGUCAUCAUUUACAAUUGCAAGUAGUGGUGGCUUGUCAUCGAGUGCUCCACUUCCUACGUCAGCUUUACGUAAUAAUGGUAAUUUAAUGACAGAUAUAGCACAUACAAAUGGUCCAUUAACUGUUCCAAUUAAUGUUGAAAGUGACAAUGAAGAAGAAGGAAAUCAUGACAUACGUGGUUCAGAUGAUGAUGAACAAGAAGAUCCAAAAGAUUAUUGUAAAGGUGGUUAUCAUCCGAUAACUAUAGGUUCUAUUUUUAAUCAACGUUAUCAUGUUAUACGAAAAUUAGGAUGGGGUCAUUUUUCUACUGUAUGGUUAUGUUGGGAUCGUAAAUCUGCAAGAUUUGUUGCAAUGAAAGUUGUAAAAAGUGCUAAACAUUAUACUGAAACAGCAUUAGAUGAAAUAAAAUUAUUAACACAUGUUCGUGAAAGUGAUCCAUCUGAUCCAUAUCGUCUUAAAUGUGUACAAUUAUUAGAUGAUUUUAAAGUAGCUGGUGUCAAUGGUACACAUGUAUGUAUGGUUUUUGAAGUACUUGGACAUAAUUUACUUAAAUUAAUAAUACGUUCAAAUUAUCGUGGUAUACCAAUACCAAAUGUUAAAAUAAUUACUAAACAAGUACUACAAGGUCUUGAUUAUCUUCAUCGUAAAUGUCAGAUUAUUCAUACGGAUAUCAAACCUGAAAAUGUACUAAUGUGUGUUGAUGAAGAACAUGUACGUGCUUUGGCUUAUCAAGCUGCUGAAUGGCAUAAACCUGGUAUUAAACCAGUUGGAUCUGCUGUCGCUACUGCACAUAUUGUAAACAAACCAGAUCUAAAAACGAUGUCAAAAAAUAAGAAGAAAAAAUUAAAGAAAAAAGAAAAACAAAAACAAAAAAUGUUAGAACUUACUCAACAACAAAUUCAAGAUGCAGAAAAACAAAAACAAAAUUUAUUAAGUUCACCUAAUCAAAUUAAUUUAAAUAAAAUGAUUCUUACUGAUCAAACAACUCAAUCAAAGCCAGAUAUUUCGGAAAAUAUUUCCGGUGAACAAAAAAUGAAUGGUCAUCAAAAUUCUUCAAUAGAAAAACCAGAAAAUAAAUCAGAUGAAAGUGAUGAAGAUAAUCCUAUAAUUCAAUCUAGUAAUGUUGAUGAAAAAGAACAACAAACAAAUCUAACUAAUGGAAAUAAUAAUAAUAAUAAUAUAGAACAAGAACUUAAUGAACAAGCUGCUAUGGCUGCUGCAGCUGCUAUUUCAGGAGAUUCAAAUAAACAAACAACGUCUAAUGAAUCGGAUGCGACGUCCAGACCUCGACCAAUGGCUGAACGAACACCAAAUCCAGUUUUUGAGCUUGUACCUGAAGAUAUACUUCAAGUUAAAAUAGCUGAUUUAGGAAAUGCUUGUUGGACAUAUCAACAUUUUACAGAAGAUAUUCAAACACGACAAUAUCGUUCACUUGAAGUUAUACUUGGAGCUGGUUAUGAUACAUCAGCUGAUAUAUGGAGUGUCGCUUGUAUGGCAUUUGAAUUAGCUACUGGCGAUUAUUUAUUUGAACCACAUAGUGGAGAAGAUUAUAGUCGAGAUGAAGAUCAUAUUGCACAUAUUAUUGAAUUAUUAGGUCCAAUACCUAUUGAAAUAGCUCAUUCAGGUCGAUAUUCAAGAGAAUUUUUUAAUAAACGAGGACAAUUACGUAAUAUAAAACAAUUAAAACCAUGGGAUUUAUUUCAUGUAUUAACUGAAAAAUAUAAAUGGCCACCAUAUGAAGCUAUUGAAUUUACACAUUUUCUUGAACCAAUGCUUCAUUAUGAUGUUAAUCUACGUGCUACUGCUGCUGAAUGUUUAAUGAAUCCAUGGGUUACUGGUGAACCUUUAUUUGGUAAUUCUGCUGAAGGUUUUAUGUAUUCAGAAGAACCAUUUGCUUAUGGUAGUAGUAAUGAACAUAGUCCAUCGGCAAUUCAAGCUGGUGCCGUUGGUUUUGAUUUUCGUACACAUCCAGCUGAUUUUGGUAAUUUCUUAUCAGCUGCUGUUGGACAUCCACAAUUUUUACAUGGUGCAGUUAAUUUUCAUCCAGAUGAAUCGGAUGAUGAUGCAUCCGAGCAAUCAGAUGAUCUUGAUGAGGAAGAUGAUGAUGAUGAUGAUGUACAAUCAGACGGUGAUGAAAGUAGUGUAGGCGAGCUUGAUGAAUGA